AUGAAUGUCAGAUGCCAAUGCGGCUCCGUGUCGUUUGAGACGCCGACGGCGGCCCCGAUGUCAGUCUACCACUGCCACUGCACCGAAUGCCAGAGGCAGAGUUCGUCGGCCUUUGGCACUAGCGCCAUUUUCCCCGCCGACGGGCUCUUCCCCCUCGCGCCCUACCUAGCUGCUCGGCUCAGCUGCUGGACGCGCCCAGCCAAAGACGGCCGCACCAUGGACUGCUACUUCUGCAACAAGUGUGGCACCCGGGUCAUGCACCGCAUUCGCGAGCCCGAUGCCACGGAGCGCUCCACCGUGAGCAUCAAAGGUGGCCUGAUCGACGGCCUCGACUGGCACGGCGCCCACCACAUCUACACCCGCAGCGCCGUCGUCCCCAUCCCUGAAGGCGCCCGACGCUACGACACAACACCGCCCCCCAUGGAGGGCCGGCCCACGGCUGACGGCGCCAAGAGGACCGGCAACGACGGGAUCACACCGUGA